GCUUGACACGGCAUCUCAAACCCACCGCUCACUGCAGAGAAAACUCACGCGAAACACAACCUAACUUGGAUUUAAACAAUGACUUUUGAAGAACUUAGUGGACAAGAUAACGUAGCUGCUACUGGCGAUAGAAUGCAGAGCGCAGGAACGGCUCUAGAGGAGCUUCUGGUCUCCGCUAAGAAGCAGGACUGCCUUACCGUUGGGGUCUAUGAGUCUGCACAAGUCAUGAAUGUUGACCCAGACAGCGUGGCUUUUUGCGUCCUGGCUACAGAUGAGGAGUAUGAAUGUGAUAUCGCCUUGCAGAUCCACUUCACUCUCAUCCAAGCCUUCUGCUUCGACAACGACAUCAACAUUGUUCGUGUGAAUGACAUUGAACGUCUUGCUGACAUUGUGGGCAGCAAUCAGGAUGAGGAACCUAAGGACGUACACUGCAUGCUUGUAACGAGCCCCAGUGCUGACUCAUGGAAAGAUUCUGCUCUUGAGAGAUUGGGCUUGUUCUGUGAGGAGAGCCGCAAUGUCUAUGAAUGGGUGCCUACUAUUACUCUGCCAGAGCGCUGAUAGGAGAUGGCUUUGGCAUGUGAAUGAAACCAGAAACAAGUCGAAGAUGUCCAUCCUAAAGGGUACACCGGUGCAAAGCAAGAAAGCUUUGAGAUAUUGUCUGGAUUACCCUCACAACUGGGAAGAUAAAAGUGGACUGACCCUGCUUACGGUUGGCCGUCCUGGAAAAGCUGAUUUUCAGAAUCUUUUUCUUGGACGAGCAUGGAAAAGUCAAGUCUCCAGUGCCACUCAAGUCUGUUGAGGUGGAGACGAAAAGGACCGGUGGACUGUGAGAGCACGUUUAUGAGAUUGACGGCGAAGAGGAGCAUUGGAAUUGAUGUUCUGGAGGAAUGAGAUGUGGAUUUUAAAGAGGAACUAUGUUUAAGUGACAUUUUGAUGAUGUUUUGAGGUCUAAUGGGCACUUGGGAUGUUGUUUGAAAAAGAUUACUUGGACACUAGCGUAACUAGUCUUUUGUGAUUAUCCUGGGGGGGGAAAAGAUGGAUUUUUUUUUUUUUUUUCAAAGUUGUGCUUUUUGUCAAAUAUUCACAAUGCAAUGUGAAAAUUGUGGUGAAGAAGCCACCAUUUCUGCAAUAAAUGUAAAGAAUAAAUACCUAUUAAAAUGCAA